CGAGCCGAACCGCUGCCUGAUGCCUCGCGUCGCUUCACCUCUACAGGAACUUUGUGGGUUUUGGGGAAUCCGAACCUGUGGUGGAAACGCGCCGCUCAUGUUCCGGUGGCAUGAAUUUGGACAGAAUCUCGGAGGCCGUGAGAGCCGCGCCGCCCCGUGACGUGGCCGCCGCGUUUCAUUUACAGAGACCAGCGGAGGCCGGACGGGUUCUGGAGAACUCCAGCAGCGAGUCGUCAGACGCAGAGCUGGCAGACAAGGAGCGCAGCGCGGAGCAGCGCAGCGAUGACGGCAGCGCCGACGACCCGAAGAAGAAGAAGCAGCGGCGGCAGCGGACUCACUUCACCAGCCAGCAGCUGCAGGAGCUGGAGGCCACGUUCCAGAGGAACCGGUACCCGGACAUGAGCACCAGGGAGGAGAUCGCCGUCUGGACCAACCUGACCGAGGCCAGGGUUCGGGUGUGGUUCAAGAACCGCCGGGCCAAGUGGAGGAAGCGGGAGCGGAACCAGCAGAUGGACCUGUGCAAGAACAGCUACCUGCCGCAGUUCAGCGGCCUCAUGCAGCCCUACGAAGACAUGUACCCGACCUACACCUACAACAACUGGACCAACAAGGGCCUGGCCCCGGCGCCGCUGUCCACCAAGAACUUCACCUUCUUCAACUCCAUGAGUCCGCUCACCUCGCAGUCCAUGUUCUCCGCGCCGAACUCCAUCUCCUCCAUGAGUAUGGCGUCCGGCAUGGGCCACUCCGCGGUGCCCGGCAUGGCGGCCCCGGGCCUCAACAACAUCAGCAACCUGAACGGCAUCGGAACCUCUGGCAUCAACUCGGCCAUGUCGUCCUCCGCGUGUCCGUAUGGCCCUCCCGGCUCGCCGUACAGCGUUUACCGGGACACGUGCAACUCCAGCCUGGCCACCCUAAGACUGAAGUCCAAGCAGCACCCGACGUUCGGCUACAGCGGCCUGCAGAGCCCCGGCUCCAGCCUCAACGCCUGCCAGUACAACAGCUGACGGGCCGCGGGGCCCCGAACCGACCCGCAGGAUCCGCAUCUCACCCAACCCGCACCCGAACCGACCCGGAUCCCUGCGCUCAACUUUUCCCUGAGAGAAAAAAGGAUGCUGCGGGUUGAAACAUCCGGGAUCCUUUUCUAAAUAAUGAAGACGUGUUUCUGCUGCACUGUACAUAUUUCACUGUAAAUACAAACUGGGAUUCUGGUUCCGGUACCGGCGGAGCUGCUUGGUGGCUCCAUGUCGUAGCGACGCACUUAAACUAUUCAAAACCAAAAAAUUAUAAAAAUACUCCAAAUAUUUCAUUUGAUAUUUUCAGGAAUAUUUUUUUCAUCCGUUUCGUUUCUGAUGAGCAGAAAUUGAUCAGCAGCUGGUUCCGUUUCGUACCUGGAAAAAGAACAUGGCGCCAAAAAACGACUAAAAAAUAACAAGAAGAAAAAUGACCCUCGGAGCAAAAACCCAGAAUCCAUUUGGAAAUGACAGGUACGAAACGGAGCCACAAGUUUUGCUCGUUGUUCGUUUUUGAAUUAAAUUUUCAAUUCAUAAAAAAUAAAAAGACAGAAAAUGUCGGAGGUGAAAUGAACGGAACCGCUGAAGAGGGAUUAUUAAUUACAAUAAUUACAAAACAUGACAGUAAUUGAUGUUAAAGAGGUGAAAAAAAGAAGAGAUCUUGACUUUAUUGUACAUAUUUUAUAAACGCUUCUUUGUGCUUUUUGCCACCGACUGCUUCUCAUUUUAUCUGCUCAAAAAAACCAACAAUGUUUAACUGACGUGAUUUAAUGUAAAACUGUUUCUAAAAUGAUCCAAAGUUCUGGUGUUUAAUGUAACAUGUGUCUGAAUAAACCAGAAACUGAAAAGGUUCAUUUAAAUAUUUAGCUUCACUUCAAAAUAAUUAUGUUCUAUUAACUGAUUUGAUUCGCUUUCAUCGAGACUGAAGGAGGAAUUAGAAAGUUAAAAACUGAUCAUUUAUGAUCAACCAAAGCUCAGAAAUCCUGCAGUUUGCAUUGAAUAAAUCAGUAAAAAUGAUUAGAAUCUGUCUCAUAAGCGCUCUGCUCAUUCAGUCAACAUCAUAUCUGCUGUUCUGACACCUGCAGAAAUCCUCAUAUCUGUAUUAUCUAUAUUACUGCCAUUACACUGAUAUUAGUGUUUAACCUGAUAGGUAAUCUGAGGGAUUAGGAUCAGAGGCAGCUGUUAAUAAAACACUGAAAUAUG